AAGCGUUUUUAGCUACCUGACAAAUGAAGUUAAUUGACUGCUUAAAUGUUUGUGUCGUAUCUAUUUGUAAUUAACCUUGUGCGUGACUUCAAAUCGUGGUAGUAUCGCUUUAAUUUAAUAGUAGAGAAACUUAACUGAACGGUGUAUAAAAUGCAACAAACGCUUCGCCUCAAACAUAACUUAAAUAACCAUGGAUAAUUAAGUCUGUUGUUACCAAAAUGGUGGGUGUCUUUUAUUUGGUAAUAAUCAUUCAUUAUUUGUGUAGUUCGAUAAAUUGUGCCAAAGAUUGUCCGAAAACUUGUACGUGCUUAGGUGAUAUUGUUAGUUGUUCCCAGAAAAAUUUAAAGACAAUACCGUUAGAUAUACCAAAAUGGACAUCACAACUAAAUUUAAACAACAACAGAGUUCAAGCAUUCAACAGUGAGACAUUCAGGAACCUUUCGCAGCUAACAGAAUUAAAGCUAAACAAGAAUAAAAUUCGUGUGAUACCAAAAGAUGCCUUUAAUAAUUUGAAACGGUUGAAAAUCCUGGAACUAAGCCGAAAUCAGUUGGAAGACAUUGAGGCCUUAACUUUCAAACCGUUAGAGCAGUUAACAACGUUACGACUAAAGCGCAAUCACAUUAGUGAAUUGAAAGAUGGCGCAUUUUUUGGCUUGAAUAAGAUUAAGUCUUUGAUGUUGGAUUAUAAUUCUAUACAGGUUAUAUCCAAAAGUUGGCUGUAUGGAUUGAGGAACUUAAAAGAGUUGACUUUUUCACAUAAUAAGAUUAGCGACAUACAUGUAGACGCAUGGGACGUCUGUAAGGAGCUACUUACUUUGGACCUGUCAUUUAAUCAUCUAAAAGCUAUACAGAAAGAUACAUUCAAACACUUGGAGAAAUUGCAGAAAUUAUUGCUAAACAAUAACAAUAUUACCUUAAUUAAAGAAGAGGCUUUCGAUCACCUUCCAAACUUAAAGAUUUUGCAAUUAAGUAACAAUCACAUUUCGUGGGCAGUGGAAGAUGCCAACGGCGUAUUUAGCAGCUUAAACAAUUUGAUGAAAUUUUCCAUUGCGUCAAAUAAUAUUAAACUGGUCAAUAGGAAUGCGUUUAAAGGACUUGGUAGUGUUACUUAUUUAGAUAUGAGCAACAACAAUAUCACUACAAUCGAAAAAAACGCUUUUAUGGAAAUGCCGUCAUUACAGGAAAUCAACUUAAAUACAACUGUUCUUUUAUGCGAUUGCAAUUUACGUUGGUUUUACGACUGGUUAAUUUUAAAACAGUUUCAAGUACAAACCAUUUGCUCUUAUCCUGAGGAGCUUAGUGGAAAAUCACUUCUCGCAAUUGCAGCGAGCAACUUUACAUGCGUGGACCUACCGAAACCUAGAUUAAUCGAAGAACCUAAAUUGGAAAUUAUGGCAUUAAAAGGAGAGAAUAUUAGUCUUAGUUGUAAAGCGAUGUCAAGUGCAGCUGGCCCUAUGAAUUUUAUUUGGAAAAAAGACAAUGUAGAGCUGAUAAAUGCGGAUGUAAAUUUGAAGACAGCUACAUAUGAUGCGAAGAACAUUGAAAGUACUUCCAUCUUAAGUAUUUAUAAAGUAAAACAUUCGGAUGCUGGAAAGUAUCAGUGUGUGGUUUUUAACGAAUUUGGCACGACUUAUUCUCAAAAGGCGAGCAUUUCUGUUCUGAUUUUUCCCACAUUUGUAAAAAUUCCUCAAAACUUGACUAUUAAGGCUGGCGCAACGGCCAGAUUGGAAUGUGCAGCUCACGGCGAACCCCUUCCCGAAAUCGCAUGGCAGAAAGAUGGCGGUAACGAUUUCCCGGCAGCUAGAGAGAGACGAAUGCAUGUCAUGCCCACCGAUGACGUAUUUUUUAUUGUAAACGCCAAACCAAGUGAUAUGGGCGUUUACAGUUGUACAGCCAACAAUGCGGCGGGUACAGUUGUUGCAAACGCGACACUUACAAUAGAAGAGAUGCCAUCAUUCGUGAAACCCAUGGAGAACAAGGAGAUCACUGCUGGAGAAUCGGUCGUAUUGCAAUGUAUGGCAGGUGGUAUUCCAAAACCGUCGAUUUUAUGGCUCAAAGAUGGCGGUCCGAUCUAUGCAACUGAAAGACAUUUUUUUACUGCCGAAGAUCAGUUGAUGAUUAUUGUGGAUACCGUGUUGAGUGACGCUGGAACGUAUCAAUGUCGGUUAAAUAACUCUUUAGGAACAGAAAUCGAUUACAGCGAACUGCUAGUUAAACCAGGUGUAAACAUCGAUAACGAAUUGAUGGGUAUUAUCAUCAUUACGGUAGUAUGCUGCGCGGUGCUGACCUCGGUGGUUUGGGUUGUAAUUAUUUACCAAACGCGUAAACGUUUACAUCCCACAAAAAUACCUAUGCCCGUAAUAGAACCGGCCGCUCUCGAUUUCGCCAACAAAACUAUGUCACAGUUCGCAGACAAUACAUCGGAACACUCGUCUUGUAAAGACAGCGGUACUGGCGAUUCGGCGAAAAGGAGUAACGACGAUUUGCUUCCGGGUGAUGAGUAUACCUUAAUAAUUAAUGAAAACAAUUCCGACGAUAGGAAUGUUCCUGUAAGGACAGCUAGUUUAGUAUAUUUGGUAGCUGACACAAAUAAUUCUCAUACGCCUCUGCUUCACAAGGACGGCCCGUCUUAUCCUAGAUCGACGAAUCACGAUCGGCUGGAGGAGGAGAAGCUCUCAAAUUCCGAUAUUAAAAUAGAUACUAUAUCUGUUAGUAACCCCGAUGACUAAAAAAUAUUAAUUUAUUCUUUAUUACUGGCUACAAAAACCGGUGAUUAACAUAACUUUGAAGAUGUAUUCUUCCGCAAGAUUUGUGGAUUUCCUAUUUAAAGGUACAAGUUUUUUCCGUGUAAAAUUAUAUCUUUAGUUCCUGUCUAAUUUUAAAUAAUCGACUGUUAAAUAUUUAAGUGAAGGGCAUAUUGCAAUGUGUCAAAUUUUGUUUUAUUUCUUCUAUGGGAAAUGUGUAACUUGUGAUUGCUAUUGUACCUAAAGUAUGUGAUGCUCUUAGUUUGUAUACUCUACUCACAAAGUGAUGGUUUGAUUAUCUAACGAUAACACUACAAGAGUAUAUUUUAAACAAUAUUGAGAAGCUGGAGUAGGAAAUAUUUUCUCGCCAACAUAUCGUUUAGUGUUUGCAAUCAUCGUCAGUUUGUGGAGUAUAUACAGUGUGUCUUAUUUAAGAUUCCACUCUUUGACAUUGUUUUUUGUGUGAAAUUAGUAAACAUUUUUCAGAUAUCGCGUAGUAAAUAAAAAUUGAAUCAACGAGUGAGGGAACCGUCUUAGAAUGGAAUCUUGUUUAUAAUUCAAAACUUCGUACCGCAAGUAUAACAGCAAGCUAUUCUCGUUACCUGAUUUGAGAUUUUCAAGUGAGCUUUUUGGCUAGAUAAAUGGUUUGGAAUAUUUUUGAUAAAGAUAUUAAAAUGUUUUGUGAAACGUUACCAAUAAAAACAACAAUAUCAAGGAGCUCAUUGGAAUGUUAUCCCAUUGUAUAUUUUCUUGUAAAACGUGUAUAGUAUAUUCUUGUAGGUAUUAACAAGGUAUUUGUAAAGUAUUGUUUUUGUUUAUAGAGCAUGCUUGUUAUGUUUGGUUGUCUAUUUAUUACAGUUUGCGUGUGCGUGUAUGUUAUAAUAUAAGCGUCUAGUGCCGUUUAUUUGGUAAUCCAGUGCACAUAGUUGUUGAAAUUAUAUUCUACAAGUUUGUUAUUUGUUGCUUUUAUUUAUGGAAAUAUUACAAUUUUUUUUUUAUUUAGAAGCUAUUUUCAUUUUUAGUUCUGUUAGCUAAUUUUUUCCAAUAGGCAUUCCAUAUUUUUUACAUGUAUAUUCUCAAUAGUUAAAAAGCAUUUGUAAAAAAUACAGACUCUGUUAGAUGUUAAGGAAACACAUUAAAAUUCUUUGUUUUA